CGUCCACCUGUUUCUUCGUCUCCUCCUCGUCGGCCUUCUCCAUCCUAUGUCGUCUUUUCCAUUAUGUUCAUCGUCCUCCCUCUUCUACCAAUCGCUCUGACCCACCCUACUCUGGUCCGGCCCGAGUUUCUGACCUGUGCCGUAUCUCGGCCAGAUAUUCGUGGUUCUCUAUAUUGUACAUUGGCGGUCUUCUCAGCGCCUCAGCAUGGUAAGCGCCGAGAUGAUGUCCAGCAUGGUGAAGACUGGGGGAUUGUGUGCAUUGUAUAUUUUCCUGAGCGGAGGUUUGAUCAAUUUCAACAAGUACCUCAUGCAUAAAGGCCGCUUCCCGCACCCCAUGUUCCUGACUGCCGUUCACAUGCUCGCCAGCCUCAUCCUGACCUCCCUGACGCUGCUGGUAAGGCCGUCGUUAAUGCCCGGGGUGGAGAAGUGCAAGGGGAAGAUGUUCCAGCUCUACAAGUAUCCGCCUGCGUUGCCGCGCAUAUCCGCCACCGCUUCCAAGAGAGCAGCUCGGUGAUAUCUGUAGUGAAGCACCAUACCAGGAAGCUGGAUGCACUUAACGUGGCCGACCUGACCAAGCGUGGCAUACAGGUGCGGCCAGCCCUCGCGUGUCCAGGUACGCUGGCCCUCCACCUGUACAUCCAGCACGUGGUCUCCGCAUGGUCCACGUGUUGAUCCAGCCAUGUAUGUAGAUCCAGACUCCUGGUAUGGUCUCACGACUGUUGCGUUGCAGAUUCGGGGUCUCUUGCGGAGGUUCUCCCGAAACAUCAGGUACAAGACAAUGCUUGCCCACAACUGCACAGCGCAGUUCUGCGUGCCUCGCCCCCAUCGGGAUGCUCUUUGCCAUCAUGCUGUACGGGUCCAACAAGGCGUACCUCUAUUGCAGCGUGGCCUUCCUGCAGUUCAUGAAGGAGGCGAACGUGGUGCUCGUGUUUCUGUUCUCGGCGAUGUGCGGCCUCCAGUUCAUCAACCGCCAGCGCGUCUUCGUGAUCGCGUGGGUUAUCCUCGGGUCUACCCUAUGCGUGUCUGGCGAGCUGAACUUCGUGUUCAUCGGGUUCAUGAUCCAGGGCCUGUCGCAGUUCGCGGAGUGCAUGCGCGCCGUGAUCGCCGAGAUCGUGCUGAGCGGCAACGACUUCAAGCUCGACCCCAUGAGCUACACCAUGUUCGUGGCGCCCGUCUGCCUCCUCGUGCUGGUCAUCGGCAACGCCCUCAUCUGGGAGCAGGCCGUCCUUGACGACCUGGCGGUGUGGUGGCCGUACCUCAUCCCCAACGCUUGCAUCGCCUUCUGCCUCAACGUGACGAUUGCGCAGGUCAUCAAGGAGACUUCCGCCGUGGGCUUCAUCAUCACCGGGGUCGUCAAGGAUAUCGCGCUGGUGGUGUUCUCCUCCGUCGUCUUCCACGACCUGAUCACCAUGAAGCAGUGGGUCUGAGCUUCACCGUCACCCUGAGCGGCGUGUUCUUCUGGUCCUUCAUGAAGAUCAACCCGAACCACCCGAUCAUUGGCAGUUUCGAGAAGAUGCUCGGUGUGGGCUGGGGGCCCUUCCCCGGAGCCUCGCUCGGCACCAAGAAGGGCCUCGACGAGACCGCGCCGCUCAUUCCCGCGAAGAGCGUGUGAGCCGCCGCGCCAGCGCCACGCGGGCUGCGGCUUCAACGCCGCGGCGCCGCGCGGCGGGUCUUUCGGUAGUUUUUUUGUUGCGAGCGAAUCUCUGUUGUUGCAUGACCUGUGUCGCCUCGAGAGUGGGGCAUGGCACCUGCUCUCACAGCGUGGACGGCAGGAGCGUCAACGUCAUCAACGCAUGCGAAAAUACAGGGGCCGAAGGUUCGGGGGCC